AUGUCCAACUAUAGGUCUUACCAAAAGUCCCUUAACACAUAUGUGUUCCCUAAAGAAGAAUUCUUGAACAGCAAACAACCAGUUCAGAUAUUCACGAUACUGGAUUCUCUUUCGGAUAGGAAGGCUGGAAUGCCAACAGGCGUCUAUUCUAUUGAAUUGACCCGUUUGGGAACGCCCAGUGCCAGGGUAGACUUUCUUUCUUUGUCUACGACAUUUACUUUUAUUUACUUUCAAAAAGCCAUUUAUCAAUCCUAUUUUCAUCGAGACAAAGGACCCAUUCAAGUGGCCUUUUUGAUUGCAAGUCUUUUCUCAAAUCUAUCUCUUUAG